AUGGGUUUUCAAAAGAAAUUCUCCGUCAUCGACCUGUCUACGGAGAAAAAUCCGAGUAGCUUUCAUUGGGCCGGCGGUCGGCUUCUACUCCAUGAUUUGAGGCUUUCACUUCAUCUGGAAGGUCGUGAUUUGUUCUUUGCACUUUUGUGUAGGGAACUGAAAAUGGGGCACGAUAAGUUUUUGUUGGUCAUGGAUCUGAUAUUCGUAUCUGUAAGUGUAGUUCGUGAUGUUGUUAAGGGGUUGAAGGAAGGAGUUGAAGAUUUUGAUCUCCUUGGAGAAAUCGAGCAUGCUGAUGGUGUACUCCAUGGCUUUGCCAAGUUCUUCGUCACCGUCGGCUUCUCGAGUGUGCUGAUGGUGGACGAGCGACGAUUUCCGACGGUUGGGGAGAUUUCCGAUGGUGGACUCCAUCGCCUUCCCCACGUCGCACAAUUCUCAGUCGCAGAAGUUGGCGGCAGAUCGGACGAUUUCAUGGGUUGUUGA